GAACUCUGGAUUGACCUGUAAAUGAAAGCCCACCUCAAGCCUGUAAUCCCAACGCUAGGGAGGCAGAGUCAGAGGAUCUGGAUUUUAAAGCCAAUCUGAGCUACAUGAGACCCUUUCUCUAAAAUAUAUCUGAUACCCACCCCCAGGGCCCUGGGGCUGAGACUUGUGAAGGAUCUGAAGGAUUCCUCAAUGUCCUCACGAAUAAAGAGCAUGAGUUUGUAGUGUGUGUGUGUACCUGGUGCAGAGCUGGCUGCAGCCAGCAGGGGCCAGCAGGGGGAGCCAUAGCAGGCAGCUUGCCUGACAGAGAAGCUGCAGCCUGCUGAGGGCUCCUGGUGACUUCUGGGCAAGGGGGCUGAGGGGAGGAUGCUAGGGGGCUAAAGGCAGGAUUGGGGGGGCAGGGACAGAGUUGGGGGGCCCAGAAUGCAAAGGGGUCACCCUUGCUGAGGUUCUGACCUAAGAAUUGGCAAACUGGCCAAGCUAAGGUCCUGGGUCUUGAUGUGUGACUCAGAGCAGGACUGUAGCUUCAGAAGCCUUGGCCAACUCCUAACCUCUGCCUCAGACUGCCACCCUCCCUUGUACAGCCUUUCUGGGUAGAUACUUGUGGCUCCGAAGCACUGGUUUGCCUAGACUGAGACAUAGACUGAGGCAGAAGUUUGGGCUCUCCUGCACUCCGUAGCCAGGCAAAGGAGAAGCGGGCGCUGGGCUGAGCUGGGCUGGCCAAGAAGCAGCCUUUAGCCUUGAACCAUCUUCCUGAGCAAGAUGGUGGCAGGCAGUGCCCGGGGAGAGGGGGUCAGGGCUGGGCACGGUGUGAUGUGCAGACUGGAGUCUGGAAGUGGGGAUGCUUCAUAUGGAAUUUAAAUGUCCAGAUGCGGUCUGUUUCCUGGUCAACUCUACAGACAUGGAUGCGUUCCGGAAGAUCGAAAAGAUCGGAGAGGGCACCUACGGGGUGGUCUAUAAGGCCAAGAACAAGGAGACAGGGCAGAUUGUGGCCCUCAAGAAGAUCAGGCUGGAUGUGGAGACUGAGGGGAUUCCCAGCACUGCCAUCAGAGAGAUCUCCUUGCUCAAAGAAUUGAGGCACCCCAAUAUCGUCAAACUGCUGGAUGUGGUCCAUAGAGAGAAGAAACUCUACCUGGUGUUCGAGUUCCUCACUCAGGACCUGAAGAAGCACAUGGAAUCCGCCCCCACCCCGGAGCUCCCCCUGAACGUAGUCAAGAGCUACCUCUCCCAGCUGCUGCAGGGGCUGAAUUUCUGUCACUGCCAUCGGGUCAUCCACCGAGACCUGAAGCCUCAGAACCUGCUCAUCAAUGAGUUUGGAGCCAUCAAGCUGGCUGACUUCGGACUGGCUCGAGCCUUCGGGGUUCCCAUGCGUACCUACACCCACGAGGUGGUGACACUGUGGUACCGCGCCCCGGAGAUCCUCUUGGGCAGCAAGUUUUAUUCAACAGCUGUGGACCUCUGGAGCAUUGGUUGUAUCUUCGCAGAAAUGACCCACCUGCCUGUUGCCUCCAGAGUGCUGGCAUUAGAGGCGUGCGCCACCACACCCAGCUUGGGGAAAAUAUCCCUUCCUGUGUCUUUCCCCUUAGCCGGCGUGGGAGCCUGUAUCACAAGUGUCGCACAGAACACUCCCUCUCCUCUCCUGCUCCAGGUGACUGGCAAACCUCUGUUUCCUGGUGACUCGGAGAUCGACCAGCUCUUUCAGAUCUUCCGUAUCCUGGGAACCCCCAGUGAAGCCACAUGGCCAGGAGUCUCCCAGCUGCCUGAUUAUCAGAGCAGCUUCCCCGAGUGGACCAGGAAGGCGCUGGAGGAGAUCGUGCCUAGUCUGGGACCAGAAGGCAAGGACCUGCUCCUGCAACUCCUGCAGUAUGACCCCAGCCGGCGGAUCACAGCCAAGACCGCCCUGGCCCAUCCCUACUUCUCUACCGAACACUCCUUAGCACCCCGCCAUUGCAUGGUGGAGCAUUUCUACCACUGAGAACAUGUAUGUGGGCCCCACCUAUUUCCAAUAAAGCAUAUUUGCAGAGAGCAUA